AAAGGGCUUGAAAAGAGCUUUCGAAAAAUGUUCUAUAAAUUACUCCUCUAUCUUCCACGACCGUCUGCGAUUAGGGCUUAUAACGCUUUGUACUCGCGUUUAUCGGCACGUCAUGGUACAUCUCUAAAGCAUAACCGUAAGAAAUCGGCGUGUCUUGUUUCAGUAUUGUUAAAAAACUCGGUAGAAUAAGAGCCAUGAUGCAGGCGCAUGCGAGUGUUCGUGCAAUUUGGAAAUUAUAUAAUGUAUAUGCAUGAGUCACACGAUUUGUCACAGAAUGAACAGCAGCAGGAAGGUGGGGUGAACGAUGCGAAGUGGGGAGAGGAGAAGGGAUGUGCAAACGUCAAAGUCAUACAGCGUGAUAGUCACUCAUCGCUCUUUCCGCCGUACAAUAAAUAAACAGCCGAUUUGUUUUCUAUCUGAAAGACUUUCAUAUCGCAUUUGUCAUUAGAAUUAAAGCCUCUGUGUCUUAGUAAUGUAUAUUUAUGCCGUUUACACCGCGUUACAGAGGCGAUCGUGGCUCUUAUACCUUUCGAUGUCGAUAGUGUGAUGCGCUGCCAUUAGAAAUCUCCAGAAAUCUCGUAGACGGAAGUUUUGGAAGCAACUUUCUACAAUGAACAAAGGAUGCUCCUAUUGAAUGUUAUUGAAAGGUCAUUGUGAGCAAUGAUAGAAUUAAAUCUUUUCGUAUCGAUGGGCGACAUUUCGUAGCUGUCGGAGCAUUUAUAUCUUUUUAUAUUCAAUUCAGCAAUCGUCUAUUUGCGCCUUGGUGUUAAAAAAAAUGCCAGCACCACCCCUGCCUCUUUCAAGUCUGCCACAAGCACCUAUGUGUGAAAAAACAGAAGUUAACGACACUGAUUCUCUGCCCCCAUGGGCUAAAAUCACGCUUACAUCCGCAGAAGCUGAAAUCGAAAAGCUGAUCUCACGAAAUGAGUUGAAAGACGCAGAGGUAACGUACUUCUCUCAAGUAGAACCGAUUCUUCAAGACGGGCCACAAUGUGGAUUAGUGGCGCUUGCAAUGGCAUCGCAAGAAUAUACAAAACCAGUCUCUGUGAGUCAGCUUCUCGCCGAAGCUCGUGUUCGAGGAUUCACGCAGCACGGAGAAGUAUACAGUGUUGAUUUCAUGGGAACAUUAGCUGCGGAAUAUUUACCCGAUCAUAGACCUGACAUUCUAGUAGAUUUACAACAGUGUCCAGAUACGUUAACUCAUGCUUUGGCACACGGAGCGAUGGUACUGAUUCCUUACGAUUCUGAUUUCAAUCAUGCUCCAUGUUUGAAGAGGGGCCACAAAGCGCACUGGGCACUGCUUGUGGGACUAAUCUCUUCCAGACAAGGAUAUCACGUUUUGGCGCGUCAUGGUAAAUCGCGUCAUCUGGCUUGUUGGCCCUUGCGUGACUUGAUAGAAAGUAACGGCAACUUAGAAGAGGAGGGUACAGCGAGACACGCAGGAGGAUACGUCAUACCAAAGGGCGGUGUUGGAGGCCAAAAGGGUUUACGCGGCAGAGCAUUGGCGCUGCAUCCGUACAUAUAGAGUUAUAUCAGAGAAAAUUGUAGAAUGCGUUUCAUGUGCAUCCAGAGAAUACGAGCGACUAAAAAAUAUCCAAAAAAUUGAAAUGUUUCCUAAGCUUUAACGAUGGCUUUAACGAUGCUUCUUAGACGUUUGUGUUAUCUGGAUAAUAUGUAAUAUCGAAAAUAUUUUUUCUGUGUGAAUUCAUCAAGAUGUAAGUGUGAUAUAUACAAAUAUAUAAAGAUAGAAUGAUGUCUUCCGUUAUCAUCGCGAUACAGUUCACAAAAAAUUUUGCAGGAGGAUGAAUAUAGGAAAAAGCAGAGCAUAUAAUUAGAUAAACGAAUUUAUGCCGACGUUCUGUCAAAUAUUUCGUUGACUUUUGUAAAAUUGUUUAAAAGAUUGUGUUAUAAUGUAAAAAUUGUAUACAAGAUUUUAUGUUGCAAUUUUUUGAAUUAAUUUAUAGGCACAUAUACGACAUGUAGAAUGUAAUAUUCAUGAUCAGGACGUUAAUUAUUGUUAAUCUUUGUUAUACACGUGCCCAUGUAUUUAUGUUUAAAUUAAGAGUUAUUUAUCAAUAACUCUUAAUUUAAUACUGAAAAAAAACAUAAAUUUGUAUAAAUUGUAUAAACUAUAAAUUAAAUUAGUAUAUUUUAUAAAAUAUAUAUAAGUAUUGCGUAUCAUGCAAAGUGACUGUAUCAGAUGUAAUUGGUGCUACGCUCGAAUAAGACCGAGUGCUACACUUACUUUUUUCUGAAUCAUUGUUAAUUCUACGAGAAAAUUUUAUUUCCAUAUUGUGAAAUUAACGAUGUGCAACGAUUAAAUCUAGGAAUCUCUGCUUCUUAUAGAGUACAUCAGUAAUAGUGAUACAAAAUAUGUCAACGGCUUUUCACUCAUGUUUCAGAAUUGGAAAUAUUAAUUGUGAACUAAUUGUGUACGACCAUUAUUUCAUUGUUACCACAUUCUUGUUUUUAUAUUUAAUAUUUUACUGAUGUUUUCCCUAUGAAUAGGUAUCUAUUUUUUACUAAUGUUUAAAUUAUGAUUAUACCGAUCUCUUUUAUAUCAAUAAGUAUUGUAUUACUUCAUCCAAUCGCAAAUGAGUUUAUUUACAUUGGAGAUAUUACUGUUACUGAUACACGCUAGUUAGCACCUGAGACUGUAUGAGAAUUGCCAUUAUAUUAAAUAAAACAGCUCCUCAACUUUUAUUCGAACAA